CAAAAUUUGCCCAAAACUAUUCCCUCAAUCCAUUAUCGCCGCUAUACCUCUCUCUCAAGUCUCCCAUGUUCGUCGCCUCUUUCCUCUACCGGCCGAAACUCCUUGAAAUCUUUUGCCAGGACAGUUGGAAUCAAGACUACUGCAAUCCCGCCUCUCAAGCUUCAGCCUAGAUUACUUCACAGUCGUGAGAUCGCUGUAAGUUCUCGGAUUUCAGGUUAUUUUCUAAGGUUGCAUUGGGGAGCAUUUCCUAUUGAAAUUAAGUACUUCGCAAGUGCGCAAUUAUAUGUCUUCCGGGAUGGAUAAUGAUAGAAGUUGGAUGAACUGGAAGACAUAUAGAUGAAAGAUGUGUGUCUGAAGAAGCAGGCCUUCACGACUGUCGGACUCGUGGAGACAUGGAUGGAGUUCCGUUUGAAAGACAAGCUCCAAAAACAAGAUCAACGACUUCACAAAGAGAAAUUCUCCCACUCCAUGAAAGAGAACAAGGGUCAAUAUGAGAGAUGUCAUUCAGUUUCCACGACUUUGGAUAGAAUUACGUACAUUCGAGAUAGAUGUGACAAGAUGAAAUGAAAAGAUGAAGCUUAGAUGUUAAGCGUUUAAGAUACUUUACUAUUUUUGCCAUGUUUAGUACUAUAUUUAUUUUAUGUCAAAACCCUAUUAUAUUAACAAUUGUGAACCUUUGAUUGUUAGGGAUGGAAU